AAGGUAUUGCGUUUUACGCGUAUUUUGUUAAUGUGUUUUUCUAAUUACUUUUAUUUUUCUCUGUAAAUAUUGUUUUAGUAUUUCUAAGAUUACUAACUACUUUUUUUUUAUGUGUGUUAAUGAAUACAGUGAUAUUUGUGUUAAUUACUGCAACGACAAAUACUUAGUACAGCCGACCUAUGAAGAGAUUUUCAUAUGAUAUUUUCGAUAACGACAAAGCAAUAAAUAUAUUAUUUUGGCAGACAUGGUAGUUUGCUGGGUGAACUACACAUAGUACCGAUACAAACAUGGGACAACAAACGUCUAGGAAGAGUGGUGAGUGUAGCUGUGGUUGUGGUGCGUGGGAGCGUCGCCGAUACGUGGAGUCACCGAGUAGUGUACACCGUUAUGUCAGCGCUGUAACUGAGAGAUGGAGUGGUCGACAGUGUGCGUGUCGUCGUCGUCGCUGGCGUCGAGCGCCGUGUGUGUGCACGGCCUAUAGGAGGGUCAGCGAUGCCUGUAAUGAUGAUAGAUUGGCUGCAGUACUGACUUUGGGAGCGAGGGACCUUCGACGCGAGUUGGACGCCAUUAAUAUAAAUAUUAUUAAUACAGAGAGCGAAGCGAGCAAUGAGAAUGGUGAACCAACUGCUGAAGUCUACGUGUUGUCAGUCACUCCGAGAAGUAACGAGGAGGUCCCACAAGAAGGUCGCCCUAAUGAGUUGGCCCAAAGUGCGGACGGCUCCAUACGACGCUUCCAAGUUGUCUGCGGUGGCGAGUUGCGUGCGCUGCUGCUUCGUGCGCCUGGUCUUCAGCAGACGCUCCCCAAACCCUACACCACCAAGGUGCACACGCAGGUGGAUUACAAACAUUGCCUAGUUCCCGACUUACAAGAGAUAACGGCCUGCUCCUUCUACUGGGGCAAGAUGGACCGCUACGAGGCUGAGCGGCUCUUGGACAAUAAGCCUGAAGGCACGUUCCUGCUCCGCGACUCGGCCCAAGAGGAGCACCUGUUCUCCGUCUCUUUCCGAAAGUACGGUCGGUCUCUUCACGCGCGCAUCGAGCACUACCGCCACCGUUUCAGCUUCGACUGCCACGACCCGGCCGUCUUCGCCGCGCCCACGGUCACCGGCCUCAUCGAACACUACAAGGACCCCGCGUGCGUGAUGUUCUUCGAGCCGAUGCUGACGGCUCCUCUUCCCCGGAGUAACCCCUUCACGCUGCAGCAGCUGGCCAGAGCCGUCAUCGUGUCCCACACCAAUUACGACGGUGUAGAGCAGCUGCCACUUCCAGGUCGUCUCCGAGCCUACCUCAAGGAGUACCACUAUCGUCAGAGGGUGCGCGUGAGACGACUAGAGACGGAUCUGUAUCUGACGCACUGACGUCACAAUUUGAAUUUGCGUAUUUAAAUGAAACCGGAAAUAUUUUGUAAGUCUUCCCUGAAAGUAUUUUAGUAUAUAGUCUGAUUUUUAAUUUCGUAGAAUUCUGACAGUUGUCAUUUUUUGACAUGUCACAGAUUAUAUGAGUCUGAACAUCUGAGUCUAUACAUACAUUUUAUUUGUUAGUUGAUUAAGUGCGGUGCUCCACAUUAACGGCGAGUGAUAAUUACGUCACGUUUCACAGUAA